UAGGUAGAACUAGCAAUCAAUCAAUGUCAUUUAUUCCCCUAUUUCUCUCUCCUUCCUUUCCAUUUUUCAUAGCAAAAUUGUGCUAGGGUUUCUGUGAUUGAACCUGCUGCACUUCUCUUGAUCAGAGUUGAGUCUAUAAGGGUUCAAAAGAUUCUCUAUUGUUUGCUUCCAGAUUAAACUUUGUCAGACUUUAGAUCGAUCUUCAAGAGAAUGGUUCGGGGGAAAACUCAGAUGAAGCGCAUCGAGAAUGAAACAAGCAGACAAGUAACGUUCUCCAAGAGAAGAAAUGGACUCCUUAAGAAGGCUUUUGAGCUCUCAGUGCUGUGUGAUGCUGAAGUCGCACUCAUCAUCUUCUCUACCACAGGGAAGCUCUAUGAGUUCUCCAGUUCAAGAUGCUUCAGUAUAAACAAAAUAGUUGAACGCUAUCAAAGGAAAGUCAAUGACUUGGGUCUCAGCACCAAAGAAAUCCAAGAAAAUACACAGCAUCUAAAAGAAGGUGAUCACAUGAGCAUAGCACGGAUGAUCGAGCAGCUUGAAAUUUCCAAAAGGAAGCUUCUAGGAGAAGAGUUGGAUACAUAUGCUAUUGACGAGUUAGUACAGAUAGAGAACCAGCUCGAAUACAGCUUAAGCAAAAUUAGGGCAACAAAGAGUCAAUUGUUCAAGGAACGAAUUGAGAAGCUAAAAGAAGAGGAAAGGUCACUGCUGGAAGAAAAUAAACGCCUACAGUGUCGGUUUGAACAACAACGUUCUUCAAAUAAGCCAGAUGUUGAACUCAUCGUGGAAGAGCAAGGUGAGGAGGAGGUGGAGACGGAGUUGUUCAUAGGGCGACCCGAGAGGCGAAUUCCUUGAAAUUAAAGUUGAAAGCUGCAAGAAAUACAUAAUGCUACAAAGGUUUCUAUCUAAUCACUAUAUUUUGCUGUUCGAAGAAAAAAAAAUAGUACUAGUAUAUACAUAAGCAGGGCUGUAAUCUGCUUCCCUCAUCCUGUUAUCUUUCAUUUCUGGUUAAGAUACUUAAUUCGUGUUGUGUACCAACAAUCACAAGGAUGAUUGUGAACUGUCUAACUAAAAUAAUUCCUUUCAACAAAGUCCUAAUAUUCUAACGGAUUAUUUCAA